UGAGGAUGCAUAUCCUCUUUUUCAAUGUAUUUACAUUGUUAUCUAUGUAACCUCUAGACUCCAACGUAGAAAAUGGAUAGUUAAGAACAAAGUGGUAUUUCAACACAAAAUCGAAAUGAUUUGACUCGAUUCGAAAACUGAUAAUGUCAUGAAACUUAAAACAAUGCUCCAUAGAUGUGGAAACUUUCAAAGUGGCUUAACAUUCGAUGAUACGAGUGAACUACCAUUUAUGGCAAAAACAAAACGACUACCAUUUAGUAGGUCCCACGUUUGUAUCAUUCCAUCACACAGUCUGAGAAGUUAAACAUUUAAAGUCAACCCUACAGUUAAUAGAUCAGUAUUCAGGAAGCAAGAUGCGAAUUUCUACUAGUAUAACUACCAUCUUGAAUUAGAAGAGACUUUUUUGUUGCUUUUUCUCGCUUCUUCAACAUAAUUGGUCUUCACGACUGUCUGACUUUGAAAGCUAUAGCUUAAAGCCUUAAACGUCACUGAGAACAUCGACAAUUUAAAUGCAACCUUUCUCUCUUUUUAUUUUUUAUUUUUUUAGACAAAUGCAACAUUUCUCUUCUUUUAUCUUCUUUUGAUUAUAUUUGCCUCUUCCUUGUGAGCUUAACAAAAGUAGUCGUUUGUAAAGGAGGUUCUUUUUUUUUUGAUUAAGCAUUUGCAAAUCUUCCACUAGCUCAACGACUACAUUAUUCUCUAAUCAUACCUUUUACCAUAAGUUCCGUUAACUGAUCUAAAAUUAACUGCUAAUAAUAUAAAUGUUUGUAUAUCUACGUACGUAAGUCAUUCACUUCGAAUUAUGUGUUUAUAUAGUGUAUAAAAAAUACAGGAUAUGGUAUAAUGAUUUUAUGGAUAUGCUAUAUAUAUACCAUAACUCACAUAUUGUGAUUGUCGUGAAUUGCUUUUAUUACUGUGUGGUAGAAGACGGAUACAAACAUUUACUACUCUUCACCAAAACCCCUCUCUUUCCCUCUAUAAAUCUUUCAAAUUCUUACUUUUCUUCACCCAAUAAAAUUAACCCUAUCAAACUCAAACACCUUCACAAUAUGGCUUUCUACUUCCGGCGACUAUGCUACUUUCCAGCUCUUCUCUUGGUGGUUAUCCAGCUUUUGCAUGGCGUCUGCGGCCAACUAGUUGUGGUUGAGGAACCUACUUAUGCUCCUCCGCCUCCACUAGUUGUGAUUGAGGAACCUACUUCUUCUCCUCCGCCUCCAUUAGAUGUGGUUAAUGAACCUAUUUUUGCUCCUCCGCCUCCAUUAGAUGUGGUUAAUGAACCUAUUUCUGCUCCUCCGCCUCCAUUAAAUGUGGUUGAGGAACCUCUUUCUGCUCCUCCGCCUCCAUUACAUGUGGUCGAGGAACCUAUUUCUGCUCCUCCGCCUCCAUUAGUCAAACAAGACGGCAAUGAUGCCAUUGUGCCGGCAUUGUUUGUCUUUGGUGACUCUCUCAUAGACAAUGGGAACAACAAUAACAUCCCUUCCUUUGCUAAAGCCAAUUACUUCCCUUAUGGCAUUGAUUUCAAUGGCGGUCCAACCGGUCGGUUCUGCAAUGGCUUAACCAUGGUCGAUGGGAUUGCUCAACUAUUGGGGUUGCCAUUGAUUCCGGCGUACUCGGAAGCUACCGGAGAUCAAGUGCUUCGUGGUGUCAACUACGCUUCUGCAGCCGCGGGGAUUCUUCCUGACACCGGAGGAAACUUUAUGGGGCGUAUACCAUUCGACCAGCAGAUUCAUAACUUCCAGACAACGUUAGAUCAGAUGGCCAGCAAGUCCGGUGGUCCGGUGGCCAUUGCAGACUCGGUGGCUCGAGGCUUGUUCUUCAUUGGAAUGGGAAGCAACGACUAUCUCAACAACUACUUGUUGCCCAAUUUCCCUACCCGUAACCAAUUCAACGCCCACCAAUUCGGAGAUCUCUUGGUUCAGCACUACGCCAAUCAUCUCACCAGACUGUAUAAUCUCGGUGGUCGGAAAUUUAUAGUGGCUGGACUUGGAAGAAUGGGAUGCAUUCCUAGCAUUCUAGCUCAAGGAACCGACGGUAAAUGCUCGGAGGAAGUUAACCAACUUGUUCUUCCUUUCAACACAAACGUCAAAACAAUGAUCUCCAAUCUCAACCAGAAUCUCCCGGAUGCUAAAUUCAUUUAUCUCGAUAUCACUCAAAUGUUAGAAGACAUCAUCGCUAACCCGGCGGUUUAUGGAGUUACUACUUUGGACAAAGGAUGUUGUGGGAUAGGACGGAACAGAGGUCAAAUCACAUGUCUUCCCUUUGAGACGCCUUGUCCUAACAGAGAUCAGUACCUGUUUUGGGACGCUUUUCAUCCUACCGAGAAAGUUAAUCUCAUUAUGGCUAGGAAAGCGUUCGCUGGUGAUCGUACCGUUGCAUUUCCUAUCAACAUUCAGGAACUGGCGAGACUCAAUUAGAGGACUAACUUUCUUAUGGAGUCAAUCAAGAAGUAAUAUAAAACUUUGUGUUGUUUCGUGUCUUUGUCAUUUGUUCUUGUAACGUUUUUUCAUUAGUUUCGUUCAUGUUAAAAACAUUUGAGUCAAAUCAUUUUUACUUUUUAGUUCUUGAAAA